AUGGCAGGAAAACUUAAAAAGGCGAUGAUUGGAAAAGAAGGCAAUGUUCUUAAAUACAUUUCUCGAUCUCAAGCUAUCAAGAAACUUCAAAUUACUUUGACUCAAUUCAGACGUCUAUGCAUUUUAAAGGGAAUUUAUCCUGUUGAGCCUAAAAACAAGCGUCAGCUCGCAAAGGGUUCUACAACUUGGCAAACUUACUAUUUCCGAAAGGAUAUUCAGUUUUUGCUUCACGAGCCUGUCUUGCGUGUUCUCCGUGAACAGCGUUCUCAUAAACUCAAACUCAACAAGGCCAUCGGGAAAAGGGAGUUUGUUGUUGCUAAACGGCUGUAUGAGAAUCGUCCUGUUUACACUCUGGACCAUAUUAUUAAAGAAAGAUAUCCUUGCUUUGUGGAUGCACUCCGUGACCUCGAUGAUGCUCUUUCAAUGAUUUUUCUGUUUGCCACAAUUUCAGCAAAUCAACAUAUCUCUGCUGCCCAUAUUCGUGAAUGCCAGCGUCUGAGCGCGGAAUUCCAGCAUUAUGUCAUUAUAUCUCGAUCUUUAAAAAAAACUUUUGUGAGCAUCAAGGGCAUUUACUACCAGGCCGAAAUCCGUGGUCAAUUGAUUACCUGGAUUACUCCCUUUCAAUUUUCUCAAGAUGCUCCUAUAGAUGUUGAUUUCCGUGUUAUGGACACCUUUUUGGAAAUUUACGAACCACUUGUCGGGUUUGUCAAUUAUAAACUGUACUCUGACCUGAACUUGGUUUAUCCACCAAAGAUUAGCACAGAUAGCGAAACUAGUGCUAUUGGGCUAUCUGCAUUUAUUAUUGAGAGCAGGGAAAACGAGGAUGUAGUUCAAUCUGUUUCUAUUGCUGCUGAUGGUCCACCUACAGCUAUGGGUAAUCAAGUCAGCCAAUCUGCACAGCGUCUCAAGACUUUGAAUCAAAAGAUUGGUCAAAUUGAGGCUGCACAGGACAGUGACAGUGACAUGUCAGAUACUGCAGAGACAGUGCCAACUCUUGCAUCGUGGAAAGCCUCCGAGUCUGAGCAUGCAAAAUCUGCUCGUCUUUUUUCAUCCUGUGUGUUUUGGCUCCCUCGUGAAGUUUCUCGCAACUCGCUUGAAUUUAUCAUCAAAUCAUUUGGAGGCAAAGUUGGCUGGGACGCAAGUUCUGGAAGUGGAUCUCCUUAUCAAAUCUCUGACAGUUGCAUUACCCAUCAUGUCUGUGAUCGCCCGGUUCAAACUGUUGGACAAUUGCCUAUUGGUGUAGAACGCUUUGAAUCUCGCGAGUACAUUCAGCCUCAAUGGGUGUAUGACUCGGUUAACGCUGGGCGACUGAUCAAAACAGCUGGGUAUCAUCCUGGAGAUACAUUGCCUCCACAUCUGUCGCCGUUUGUUUCUGUUGAAGAAGGAGACUAUAUUCCUGAACAGGACAUGGAUGUGGAUGCCGAGGUUGCUGUUGCCGAAGUCGAGGACUUGGAGGCAACAUCUCAAGCCGAGCUUGAGGCUGAAGCUGCUGGUGUGCAGUUUAGUAACUACGAUAAGGCCAGCGUGCCGCAUGCAAAGAAUGCUGCUCUGACUGUUACAGAUAAAAAGAAAUCGAUGCUGACCGAAACUGAACAAGAAGAUCGUGAAGCCAAAGAACUUGCCAAGAAUAUGAUGAGCAAGCGCGACAAGAAAUUGUACGACGGUAUCCAGAAAAGAAAAGAGAAAAAGGCUGAACAUGUCGAGAUCUUGAAAAAUAAGAAGCGGGCAUUGAAAAAACAUCAAAAUUAG